AUGUGCAUAGCGACAGUGGUGGCCACAAUCUCUCCCUAUACAUACUGGCAGGACUCGGAGUUCAAGCCUUUUUGCAAGGUGCCAGUUUCAACGGGAGCGAGGAAGCGCGUGGGUCAAUCUGCGCUCGUCGUCGCGAUUGUCGAAACUGAGGAAGGAAACAGCGCUUUCCGGACCAUGGACGGAGGGAAGCCGAACUUGCAAGCGAAGGAAUAUAGCGAAGGAGAAUGGCAGAAACAGUGGGCGAAGAGUGUUUGCAGACUGUGGCACCCUCAACGGCGAUAUGUACCCACAUUUGCACGGGAGAGCGUCGGAUGGUACUACUGCUCGGCUUACAAGCUGCCGAACACCCUCACGGCAUCCAUAUGGUACUAUAGAGUGUGCGGCCAUUUGGGGACUUGCGUCUUCAGGUUUACUCGGUAUCAGGAAUAUACUUUCGUGACACUAGCUGCUUGUUCGGAGAUCGCGGGCUCCAUCUCUUCGAAGUCCGCAGUUUAUUACAAUGCUCCAAAUUUUGGGAGACACCAGGACGCCGUUUGCAGACAGCAACUGUUGGCUACUGGUGCGACAUGGGAUGUUGUCUAUCGAAUGCUGGAAAAAUACGGCGUGAAUGUUGUAGGGGGGAAAGUCACUGGCGUUGGAGUUGGCGGCAUCGUACUUGGCGGAGGAUAUUCGUAUCUGACAAACCAGUAUGGACUGGCAAUUGAUAACGUGGUCGCGUACGAACUUGUCUUGCCUAAUGGCACGGUGACCACAGUCACCAGCUCCAGCAACCCAGAUUUAUUCUUCGGCUUGCGGAUUGUCGAUGUUUUAAUCUCUCGUGCCACUGCGAAGGGAGGUUUCAAUAACUUUGGAAUUGUUACCUACGUCACUCUCAAAACAUAUCCUCAAUCUCAAGUUUGGGGUGGAAGUAUCACAUACGAUCAAGAUCAACUCAAAGCAGUAAAAGCUGCCAUCGCCAAAUUCUCUGCAAACGUUAUAGAUCCCAAGGCGGCGAUGUAUUCUAUAUAUAAGUAUGUCUCUGGAAAGCUCGUCGUAUCAUGCACGUUGUUCUAUAAUGCACCCACUUACCCAGAUGGUAUCUUUGACGACUUCUUGGCGAUUCCGCACGUCGAUGGAUACGUCUCUACUCGGUCUUUCACAAGCAUGAUCAAAAAUGAGCUGCCGAGUACACCUGACCUUAGAGCUGUAAUCAAUGUCAUAGCGAUCGAGGAGUGGACGGAGUCCUUGUUGGACGACGUUGCCAAGGAAAUUCUCGCCCUACCUCACUUCGAUUUACGACCACACCGAUACGCCAUCUGCGUAGGCCGGAUUCACGUGAACGAGGCUACUCACUUCCUAGCGCUAUUCUAUGCAUGGAAUGAUUCAAGUAACGAUGACCUCGUAUAUGACAGCGUUACUGCCAGUUCCAAUUACAUGAAACAGCUAGCGAUUGCUGCAGGGCAGGACGUUGGACAUGUGGUUGUGUAUCCCAAUAAUGCAGAUCCUUCCACAAGCAUAGAGGAAAUCUACGGGGAUAAUCUGGCUCGUCUGCAGGAUAUCAAGAAGGCUGUUGAUCCAAACAAUGUGAUGGGGCUCGCUGGAGGGUGGAAAAUUUAGGUUGGAAUUCAUUUUUUUUCUCCGAUGUGGCUGCAUUACUGACACGUCGCUGACAGGAUUUUAAUACUCUUGUCAUCCUGUUCCCCCUCGAUCUCUACUAUCUAUGUUCAGUUUCAAUCGAGUUGUGUUUACACUGGUAGCAGCCUUGAGAUGACAUCUGUGCAGUAUACUUAACACACAAAUAUUAAUAUUGCUAUCAAAACAAUGCUGGAGUGAGGACAUCGUCAUACCAGU